GUCAAAGCGAAAGGCGUCUAUUGAAAGCAGUAAAUAACUUAAAAAUUUAGAACAUUUAACAAAUGUCUGAAGAAUUCCGUGCAGUCACACGCAAGAAAUGGAUAGCGCGUAGAGCUAUAAAUCCCAGAUUGCGGAAGCUGUCGGAACGUAGCACUGAAAAGGAAGAGAAAGAAGUGGACAUGGAUGCAUUUCUAAAACGUCUGGAACAGUUGUGCACACAAAUGGUUGGAAGUGAUUACUUUAUACAAGCCAUGGAAACAGUGGACGACAGUAUUAAAACUUUGGCAGGCACAGAUAAAUUUUCUAGUCUGGUUUGUUUGGGCAUUGGUCCUUUCUCCCGCAACUUUCAAGCACUCCAUCAACUGGUUUUCAUCAUAUGUACACAACGGCAUUAUUGCAUUAAAGAUGCUAUAUAUUUCGAUCCUGUCUUUCGCGAAAGUGAGAAACAGAUUCUUCAACGCCUGAAUUGUUCGUUAAUGAAUGAAAAUUGUGAAGCAAAAUAUGGAGUGGAUGAACGCACACUUUUCUAUCUACCACAUUGUCCGAAUUGCUUGACCAACAACUUGCUAUGGAGCAAUUGGCGACCGCAAAGUUUGAACAAACUGGUGCUCAUAAAUAAUAGCUUCGAGAGUUUAUCACUAAGCAAACCCGAACGUAUGUUAAGAUUAGAUUCCGCUUAUAUAUUAGAUGUGCUGCCGUAUGUCAAGGAAUUCCCAUUGGAUGAUGACUAUGAAACACACAACAUCUUCAAUGACUUAUCUGUGCAUGUAUUUCCAUUGGAGUCCUUACCAUCAGCACAAGCUACAAUAUGGGCGCAAAAAGAUGCGCCAACGUAUACUGAUGUUGAAAUGAUUUCUGCCGAAGAAUUUGAGAGGCUAAGUAUAAGCUAGGCUUGUACAUAUAUUCUUUAAGUAAAAAUGUGUUUUGCAAAUUUUUUUUAGUUUUAAAAAUGUACUACAAGGGUGAAAGCUGAAUACAAAAGUAAUGAAAAUGCA